AUGUGUUCUUAUUACAAGAAUAAUCUUAUUUUGGAGGGAUUUGUGAUUUGUUUGGUACUAGGAUUGGUGUGUGUGAGUGGAGCUGAAAAAGUCGAAUAUAAGGCGUUCGAAUGCAGAAAGCACAGUGCGGUAUUGACGGAUUUUGGAGGGAAAGGAGAUGGUGUGACGUCAAACACAGCUGCAUUCAAGGCAGCAAUUGCUAACCUCAGCAAGCUUGCAUCCGACGGUGGCGCUCAGCUCAUCGUGCCACCUGGCAAAUGGCUCACCGGAUCGUUUAAUCUUACCAGCUAUUUCACACUCUACAUUCACAAGGAUGCUGUUCUUCUUGCAUCUCAGGACGAAUCGGAAUAUCCACUAAUCGAUCCAUUGCCCUCGUAUGGAAAUGCUGCUGGGAAAAGGUUUGCCGGUCUUAUUUUCGGAACAAACCUUGAAAAUGUCGUCGUUACAGGAGGAAACGGAACAAUCGACGGGCAAGGCGAAAUAUGGUGGAAGAAAUUCAAGAGUCAUAAGCUUAAAAACACAAGACCUGCAUUGAUCGAAAUCAUGAACUCGACUAUCGUCCAGAUUACUAAUCUUACGAUGAUCAACUCUCCGUCGUCGCACGUCCACCCUACGUACUCCAACGGUGUCAUAAUUGAAAGCCUAACUAUUAUUGCCCCAACUGAUUCUCCAAACACAGUUGGCAUCAAUCCAGAUUCGUGUGAAGACACGCGCAUAGUAAGAUGCUACAUUGUAUCGGGAGACGACUGCGUUGCAGUGAAGAGCGGGUUGGACCAGUACGGAAUCAAAUACGAUAAGCCCACAGAAUCCCUAGCCAUUCGUAGGCUGACGUGUACUUCCCCCAAUAAUGCCGCAAUUGCCCUCGGCAGCGAGAUGUCCGGCGGGAUCCAGGACGUACGCGCCGACGGCGUCCACGCCGUCAAUUGCAAGGCGGCGGUCAGAAUCGAAACCGCCCCCGGCCGCGGGGGAUACGUGAAGGAGGUAUACUUCAGGAACGUGACGUUGGACGCCGUCAAGUACGCGUUCUGGUUGACGGCAUCCAACGGGCCCCACCCGGACGAGGGCUUCGAUCGGAAAGCCCUCCCCGAAGUUAAAAACAUAACUUUGAUGAACGUGGUUGGAAAGAAUGUCUCAAUGGUUGGGAAUCUCGCCGGGAUUGCUGGGGAUCCGUUCAUCGGGAUUUGUAUCUCGAAUGUGACGGUUGAGAUGGCGGCGGAGAAGAAGUUGCCGUGGAAUUGUAGCGAUGUUAGCGGGAUUUCGAGUGGAGUUAGCCCUAAGGCGUGCGAUUUGUUGCCGGAGAAACGAGAGGAGUGCUUUUACCCUCCGAUAUGGCAAAUGAUGCAGAUCGACUGGAUUCAUUUCAAGACCUGCUCCACUUGAUGCCGGAAAAGA